AUGACCUCUUCUCCGCCCACUAAACCUCCCCGGGGAGUCAAACAAGGCAAAGAAACCAGUGGUCUUCUCAUGUCUGUAAUCCGAACACUAUCUGGUAGUGAGACUAAUGAACAGCGCGAGAAAGAAAGGGCCAAACUCGAGAAAGAAUAUAAGAAAAGUGAUGCACGGCUUGACGAAUUGGUCUCAGAGCAUGCUAAUGAGAUCACCGAAGUGAUGCAAAAAUUCAGUGCUGUAGGAUCAGCGCUAAGUUCUUGGGGACAGCAUUGUUCAGCAGCAGAAGCAAGGCUAUCAGCUUGUAGAGCAUUGCUACAAGUUAGAAGGGAUGACCUGCGACGUCUCUGGGCUGAUGCUAGGACACAUCACCACGCUUUGAGAAUGUUGACUGAUAUUGAAAGAGUUGUCGUCUGUGAGCGAGAAGCACGCGAGUUAAUUGGUCGAGGGCGAGUAUUGGCUGGCGCUAAUGCACUUCAGGACGCGCUGUUUAUUGCCCGUACCCGUCUACCACACGUGCACGCACUUUCUACGACCACGCAACAUCUAGAGGCUAAGAAGUUGGACCUAGUUGACAUAAUAGUAAGACGAAUAAGCGAUGCAGUUUAUAAAGAUGAACGGGCACCGCUCAAUAGGAGAGUUUCUUCUAGACGAGGGACUGCUUUAUUAUUAGCUGAGCUAACGAAAAGCGAAGAGUUGACAGACGCCCACCUCCAGGACAUCACUCCAGAAUAUGAAGCCUCGUUAGUAGAAGAUGAUAGGACAUUCGAAACUACGGUGAUGAUUUCACUCGAAGCGUUAGGUGUUUUAGAACAAUUGAAGGAAGCUACUGAGAAAUUCAAAGUCCAAAUACAGACUGAACUCUUAGAUGUUAUCGAUUCGGUUUCUCGCCGUAUAAUCGACGACGAUAUCGAGGAUUAUGAAGGUGAGGAGGACGGAGAUGUAGGUGAAACGGAGAGUGCGACAGAGACGGGUAGACCGUUGGCGCGAUUGGUCACCUGUUUAGGGGAGGAGUUUAAAGCUUGCGGUAUGAGGAAUAAAAGAUUAAUACAGGUAUGGCGCGCGUCGCUACAAAGGCAUCGUAUUCCAGACACAUGCCUCCAUACCGAAAAUCACUAUUGGAGUGCCGUACAGCAAGUGAUGCAACUCCUCUUGACUGAAUAUCUGGAGAUCGAGAGCGUGAAUUUGUCCGGUGCUCGGACGCUUACUGCGGAUGCCACGACACCGGAACUUAAGCUGUCCGAUUAUUUUGCCAAAAAGCGACCGCAGAGACGCCGAGACAAGCUCUUCAAGCUUACUGCCGCUGUGAUACCUGUCGCCAAUAGCCCACUCACGCGUCGACACCGCUAUCCCUUAGUAUGUCAGCCACACCCGGCGUUACUUCAUGCAGUGCUACCAGCGCUGCACGCCUUGUGUGCACAUUUGGAGCGACCUGGUGGAGGUGAGUGUUCACUGCGCGCCUUUAUAACCGACUACGUUCGUUGGGGGGAGAGUGAAAGACUUGUUUCGGAAGCUCGUGCGAAGAUCGAUGCUGCUAUGAAGGAAGCAGCGGCUUGGAGGGAGAGGACUCUUGUUAAUAACUCAGUUGAGAGCAACGGGCGGUGUUCGCCUGCUGCGCACGCGCAUGGAACGCAGUGCAAGAUUGCGCCGGCGCAGCGCGACGUGGCCGGUGCAUGUGGGGGGCUGGCUCUUGUAAGAGCCACUGAGGCCGCUAUAGGUUCGCUAGCGGUUCACUCUCGUGCUGCACACACCCGCCUCUCCCCUGCACCGCCCGCGCGUGCUGCUCGCUGGCUGGCGGAUGAUGACAUCGUGCGGUUCUUGCAGGCGCUACCGAACUACCGUUUGCUCCUGCACGACCAGAAGGACGCGCAUCCUACGCAGCAGGAACUGAAAGCAGCAUAUGAGCGUGAAGCUGAGAUCUUGGGGACCUCCCUCGGAGAUGGCGAAGUGUCGAUAAGGGAGGUGGUCGUGGACAUUCAUUUGUUGGAAGAACUAGCUUUGCUAGCGGAGACUAUGGAAUGGAUAAGCUCCAACAUUCGUCACCUGCCGAGCUCUCUUAGUGCCCCCGGGGCGGGUGGCGUUCUGCACCUCACCGAUAAAUUCGUGAAUGACCUCAACGCAGCCGCGUCUAUCUUUGACGAAAUAGCACAGAAGUGCCUUCUCUUCUUACAUUUGGAGAUGCGUAUAGAAUGCUUCCACUAUUUGGGCCAAGAGUGGGACGAUCGUGGGGACGGGACGGACAGUGAGGGCGAAGCGGGUGGUGUGGGCCGACUUGCCUCCAGUCUUUUGGGAUUCCACGAGCGAGCCUCCACUCUACUGGCGCCUUCGAGACUUGCGUACAUAAUGAACGGCAUUGGCGAAAUGAUGUCCGCGGCAGUUGUUUGGCGAUGGCAGUCGGAAAGAAAUGCAGCCGGCGGAGCGGCAGUGGGCAGUGCAGCAGAUAGGCUGGCCACACUGCGGCAUUGCCUUGCUGCACUGCAGCUCCCUCACGACGGGCUCCAUGCGGCGCAUGCUUAUCUACACUUGCUUGCAUGCACGCCGGAGGAAAUAAUAGCGUCUGUCCGCGAGAGGGGGCCACAGUUUUCAGAAUUGGAAUAUCUAAACGCGUUCAAAGUGAUCGGGGCACGGCGAUCGCUGUCAGCGGCGGAUAUGCGCGCGCAGCUUAAGCAGCUGUCUGCUGCUUUGGGCCAUGUUGAUAAUGUUUUUAAAUAUUUGGAUAGCGAGAGAUCCACUGAACAUGAGAAAUUAAAGUUGAUUGUAAAAGAUUACUGCUUCAUGGAAGCUCAACAGGAUGUAGCUUUACAAGCUCUGGAUAUAGCAAAGGCAAAAGUAGAUACAACAAAUGUAGAUAAACUAGAUGAUGUAUUUGAUGCAAACCUGGAUAACAUGGCUGGACAGAGGCUUAAUACAGACAUACAUCCCUACAUGACAGAAUUUAACAACAGGAUUCAGAGGGGCCUACAAUCUGCUAGAAAUAAUUUGGAUGAUUCAGACAUAGCGAUCACAGAAUCUCAAACUACAUAUAACGACCCAUUCACUAAGAAAGCUAUAACAGAUCCCGUGAGGAACUCAUUAUGUGGUCACAUCUAUGAGCGAGAAGUCAUUAUGAACAUCAUACAGAAGAAGAAUAUGAAAUGUCCAGUUGCUGGUUGCGGGAAUCGAGAACCAAUUCUCCAGGAUCACUUAAUAUCAGACGAUGAAUUAAGAUUUCGGAUGACAAUAACUCAGCACUCGACGCUUAUCCAUGAUCGGACGGCCAUAGAACUCAAUGAUACUACAUGA